CGCUAGCAACGAUUCCAAGAUGGUGCGGAAGGGACGUCCUCGUAAAAUGAAAAGCAAGCGAAUGUCUUGCCGUCUAAAGUUCAAGAUUGAGAAAAAGGUGAAGGAACAUCACCGACAAGUGAGAAAAGCUGACAAGAAAAAGAUAAAUAUGAGACCUAGAAGAAAGAAGGAUCCGGGGGUUCCAAAUAUGGCACCAUUUAAAGAGCAAGUCUUGAGAGAAGCUGAAGAACGGAAAAUUAGAGCUGAAGAGCAGAAAAAACGCCAGAAAGAACAAAGACAGCAGCUUGCGAAUAAAAAGAGAAAUUUGGAAAGUUUUGCGAAAGAUGCAGUUAGAAGACAAAAAGAAUUUGAGAAUAAAGAGGCUCUCAUGAAGGAAAUUUCCUCAAAGACGUAUGAUGCUGGUAGUGGUGUUGAGAGUUCACGAAAAGCUUAUUACAAGGAGUUUAGGAAAGUUGUAGAUGCUUCUGAUGUUAUACUGGAAGUUUUAGAUGCCCGAGAUCCAUUAGGAUGCAGAUGUCCACAAGUGGAACAAGCCGUUCUUGCAUCGGGAACUAACAAAAAAAUUGUACUGGUUUUAAAUAAGAUUGAUCUUAUUCCAAAAGAAUUGAUUGAGAAAUGGUUGAAACAUCUCAGAAAUGAGUUUCCAACUGUUGCAUUCAAAGCUUCAACACAAACACAAAAACAGAAUCUGUCACGGAGUAAAGUUCAGUUAUCACAAGCAACUAAAGAACUAGUUGAAUCGAGUGCAUGCCUGGGAUCGGAUUCCCUGAUGAAAUUACUAGCUAAUUAUUGUAGAAGUGCUGAUAUUAAAACAUCCAUCACAGUUGGUGUUGUUGGUUUUCCCAAUGUUGGGAAAAGUAGUCUAAUUAAUAGUCUUAAAAGAGCCAAGAGCUGUGUUGUUGGAGCAACUCCUGGUGUUACCAAAUCAAUGCAACAAGUACAGUUGGAUAAACAUGUAAAGUUGUUAGAUUGUCCAGGUAUUGUCAUGGCAACAGGAGCUUCAGAUGUUGCUAUGGUAUUAAGAAAUUGUGUAAAAAUUGAGACGCUGGCCGACCCAGUAUCACCAGUUGCAGCUAUUUUGAAACGGUGCAAUAAACAACAGUUGAUGCUUUAUUACUCUGUCCCUAACUUCAAUAACGUCAAUGAGUUUUUAGCACUACUAGCACGAAAACAGGGUAAACUGAAAAAAGGUGGUGUACCUGCCAUUGAAAAGGCAGCCAAGACUGUUUUGACCAACUGGAAUAGUGGUAAAAUCACCUACUAUACACAUCCUCCUGAACAACACAAACUACCAACUCACAUUAGUGCUGAUAUUGUGGGAGAAAUGAGCAAAGCAUUUGAUAUCGGCUCACUAGAAAAUGAUGAGAAGAUGAUGUUUGAAGGAUUGCAAGGACCUUCAGAAAGUGGCGUUAUAUUGUUUGAAUCGACGGGGCCAACAGAAGGCGAUGUAAAAGAUGUAGAAUUUGAAAGUGUUGAUGAAGAUGAGGAUGAAGAAGAGAAUGAGGAUGAUGACAGUGAUGCAAUUGAAAUUGAUGAAAGUGAUGCAGAUGAAAACAAAGAGCUGGCGGAUAUUACUAUUGAAGUACCAGGUAAAAAAGUAGGAACAAAACAACCGCUGCAGAAAUCUUCCAAAAAAGAAAUUGCACAUGACAAAAUUGAAGGGAAUUUACAAGUCGGGAAACAAAUGAGAAAAGAAUUUAAGAAAAUGAAAAAACAGAGACGGAGAUCAGAUGCAUUGGCAACGAAAUUAUCCGAUAAUUUAACAGCAGCUAUGGACUUUUCCCUUAGUGCUGACCAUGAUGAUGAAGAUGCAUACGACUUCAGCAAAGACUACAAAUAAUAUGAUUACAUUUCUUGAUUUUCUGAUAUUUAAAUGUAUCAAUUUUAAGGCUAACAUUCAAAUACAUUUUAAUUUCAAAGCAACUUUUAGACAAUGUUUGUUUUAAAGUUCAACUGACUUCUGUAUGUGUUAAGUGCUUGCAGGACUGAAGCGAUAGCAGAGCCACCCAAUGUCAUUUUUCAAACCUACACCUCCAGAAACUUGACCAGUUUCUAAAACUGUUAUGAAACAGAUAUACUGCAAUGUGUUGGUAUCUGCUGUGUUAGAAAGCUUGAGGGUAUAAUAAAAUUAUCCUGUGUGAUACAGUG